GAAAUAUUGCAAAUGGCGGCGUCAGUAGCAACGAUUACUUCAAGAGAAAUGUCACGUAUUAGCUGCCUUUGAAGUUAUCCAUCUAUAAUAGUGUACAAUAGUGUACCUCCUUUAUAUGACCACAGUCUAAACAAGGGAUAGGAUGUAGAUAGGGUUUGUAAGAGGACAAUGCUGAAACAAGGAGUGGUGCAAGAAAAGUUAUCCGAUCUCACCUCCAUGAACCAGCUACCACCACUCGGAACCCUGCCACAAUGGUCAAGAGUGAACACAUUGAACAGAGGGGGCUACCCAAAACCAUUCACUAAAGAUAAACUGACGACGGUAUCAGACAAGCUGGGUGGGGAGGAUGGGGAAGAUCGGACCGUGGAUCUGUCCGAGCUCAACCCCGUCCAGCGCAUACACCACCUAGAGCGAUCCAUCCAGUUCCUGCGCCAACAACACACCGAGGUGCUCAAAUCUCUACAUGAUGAGAUUGACAAUCUCAAGAAACAAAACAAUGACCUACAGUUCAAGAUAGUUAUGUCUCAAAAGCAGCAGCAGCAACAGCAACAUCAGAGUGGAGGAGUUGUUACUACCAGUGCCAGCAGCAGGCGCAGUCGGACAGGCAAGGAGGGUCGCUUUCUAGAGAAAGAAUCAUCAUCUCUGUCCAUUAAGUCCGGAACUUACUACAAUAUCAAACUUGACAGUGCCUCAAGAGGAGAGGAAAAGUUGGAUGAGUUGAAGAUAAUCUUCCUUGAGGAGGAGAUAAAGGAGCUGAAGCAUGCACUACGCGAGGCUCGCAACAGGAACGCCUACCUCACACAGCUCAUUGAGCAGAACGAGGACAUCAAGAAAAAACAGUCUCACACAAUAGAGACAAUGAAAGCCCAGCUGUCUCACGGGAAUGCUGCAAACCUAGCUGAGCAAUUGACGUCGGGAGGCAGCCUGUUCAAUGUUGCCGGGGGUCGCCAACCCACUCUUGCGGAGUGCGAGGCAAUUAUACGUCGCCUCCAGCAGAUCAAUGGGCAACAACAGCAUGAACUGGACAACCUUAAGUCGGACCUACGUGAUGUUUUGUACUCUCACAAGUGGACGCCGGAUGCCUACCUUCUUGCCAAGGCCUAUGUCACAGAGGAGGACCAUUCAGGGAAAGAAGCAUCAGGGGCAGAUAAAUCUCUACCCAAACUGCAGAUGAAGAAUCCAUCGAGAAAACUGACUACUAUAGACAUUGAAAAACAAAUAAUUGACCCAGAGAUCGCAUACAUCCAGCGAGACAGCGUAAACCUUCCCGCCCUGAAGCAGACGGUGAGCAACAAGGCCAUCGAGCGUAAGAAGCGUUCACAGAUUUUGCAGAAGGCACGCUUGAAGAAGGAGGUCCUCCAGUAAAUGUUUACAAGUCACUCAGAGACUUUGGAGUUUGUUUUAAGUCACAAAAUUUGUUCUUUUUUCACUCUCACUUGUUUUUUUAUUUGGAAAAUGUUGCGGCAUUGUGAUUUGUUAAGAACGGUACAUAAAUUGGAGAUUUGGAGAUUGGAGAUUGAAAUUUGAUUGUUAUGAGAGAUGUUUUUAACAGUUUUGGUGGUUUAUGAGUUUGAAAAGAAUAGUUGAAUUGAAAGUGAGAAAUAAAUUCUUCAGAGAAAUGCUUCAGUUUGAAGUUGUUGGUUGUUUUGUUAUGGACUGUAUCUUGUUACGAUUUUAAUAGUUGAAAGACUUUGUUAUGUUAGUGGUGAACAGAAGAUCUAAAAGGGACAUUUUACUUUAAUUUACACUGGAUUGUGGAUCUAAGAAUGUCAUUUUAUUUUUAUCUACACUGGUUUGUGUAAACUUGUGACUUGCAAGGAAUGAGUUCUUUGUUUUAUAAUUAUUUAAAAUGUUUUGUUGUUUUAUUACUUCUUUAUAUGUCAAGCUUUUUAAAUAUGUUUAACACUUCAAAUACUAUUAAAAUGUACAUGUAAAUCAUCUUUAUCAUUUAAAUAUGCAUGUAUGUUUUAAUACAAGACCAUACAUUUCAUACUUGUUAGGGAUUGUACUGCCAAUAAUGUGAAUAGAACUCUUUUUACACAUUUUAGGUGCUAGAUUGUGUAUUUGAAGUAAAUAGGAGUUAUGAGUCAAGGUUUUCUUAUUUUAAUGCAAGCUUAAAUGCUCAAGGUUUCGAUAUUGUCAUUCAGGUUUCUUCUUUUCAGUUUUCAGCCUCUGAUUAAAAGUGUUCAGUCAUUUUAUGCUUCCUGAAAUGAGAGCAUAUUGUUGCAGUUUUGUCCGUCCUUUCUUCCAUUACAGCCUUGUCCAGAGAAUGACUUAAAAACUGUUGAUGUGAUUUCAGUGAAACUUGACACAUAGUCACAGUCCUAUGUGCAGUGUGCAAGAACCAUUAUCAUUGCUCCAGUCAUUGGUGAUUGUCCUCCCCUUUCAGUUUUACAGUAUCAUUGUCAUUAGUAAGGAAGCUGCCUGUCAGGGCCAUUACUCAAAAAGAACUAAAGGGAUAAACAAAUCUUUGAAAAAAGACAGGUGGCAAUGAGAGGAAGUGCAGAUAAUCCUACCUGCCAUAUUUACUGAAUAAUCUCCCCUGAACUGUAUCUUUUCUACUUAAUUUUAGUCUGAAGCACUACCCCAAAGGUCAUUGAGGUACUGAUUUAAAAAUUUCAUAUACGUAAUAUAUAGUGAAGUGGACAGGAACCAUAGCUCUGUCUUUGGUAUUUUAAGAAUUCAUAACUCCAAACUAUACAGAUACAUCUUAUUGAGAAGGAGUACAGUGCCCUGGAAAUAUAACUAUGUUUUGGGUAUUCAAGAGUUAAAACCCUUUUUUCAUUUUUUACAUCUGAUUUUUGUGUGAAGAAUAACUCCAGAAGUCUUUGAGGUAUCAAUUUUUUGCUUAUGUUUUCUCUCGGGCAUAUUUCUUACGAAUUCCUUUGCUUUUUUAUGAAACACUUAAGAUUCUUCUGUACUUAUUUCAGUGGAGGAUAUGAUUGUGCAUCUGUCCUCAGCAAUGCCUUUGCUUUAUGUAUAACCAGAAGUAAAAAGAACACUUAAAUAUAUUUUUCCAAUUUGCGCUUUCCUUUCCAAAUUUGUACCAUCUUGGGGAGCAUACAUCAUUUCCAAUGAUAGCCUUGUUGUGCACAUGUGUGAUAGUGUAGAUUGUUUUUCCAAGUAAUUGAACAUAUAUUUAAUGUUUCAGGUUCCAUUGACUAGUAUUAAUUUGACUAUUGAGAAAAUAUUCACAGUAACAUAUAUAUAUAUAUAUAUAUAUAUAUAUUAUUAUUAUGUGUAGGUGUUUCGACAAAACUUAUAAUGACAACUGAUAUGAAUUUUUUUAUUUUAUUAAUUUAACAAUGUCAUUCCCAAUUCUAAUCUUUCAACAAAAUUUAAAAUAUUUGUUUUUUAUAUGUCUUCUAUUCAAUUUCAGACUUUAUAAUGUUUUGCAGCAUUGAUAUUGUGAAUCAAUAUUUUUGAUCUGUAUUUCCGAAUGUUUUUAAUAAAGUUGUAUAUUUUCUAAUACUGUGAUAAUAGAAAAUUCCAUUGAUUUAAUGAUGUGUUGUUUAAAUUUAAAGUAUAUCAUAGUAACUAUAUAAAUGUCACUUUAAUUAUGUUGUUUUAUAAAGUGUUGUCGUUAAAUGUGUACACCAAGGAUCUGUUUUACUAAUGUACAAUCCUUUCCCACAAAUAAAUAUGCUUUCUGAUGCAUUUGCAGCAGAUGAAUUUUGAAACAUUGUGACAAAGGGAGAAUUUUCUCAAUAUGACCAAUUUCUUCUUUUUCCACAAAGUUUUUGAGCUGUUUGUCAACUUCAUCUACUUCAGAUUUGUUAUAUGUGGGAAAGGGAUUUUAGUGAGUUGUUACCUGAGAGAUAGGGUCCAAAGACAUUGAGUUUAUUGCUGAUUUUUUAAAUGAUUUUAUUACUUAACACACAUGCUAUAUAAAACCGAACAUCAGACUGAUCUUCAAACUUGGUAUUAAGCUUUUAAUAUUAAGCUUUUGAUAAUGAGAAUAAUUUAAGUCUGGUCUUUUCUGUGUGUAUAGAAUGUCGAAAUGUAAGUUUAUCAUUUUAUAUAAAUACCUAUAAUGGAAAAUGUGAAUGGGAUCCAAGUUAGCAUGAAAAAUCAACAACCCCAGCUCUGGUAUUCAUAAAACAUGUGAAGUCAUUUCCUAUAUUCCUAUUUAAGUAGCUCACUCGCUAACUGAUAUAAUCUUUUCAUAAUGGCAUAAACACUUUAUUUUCAUAGACUGUAAAGAUAAUCUAUACUUAACUUUGAUCUAAUAAAAACACAUAUAAAUAUCAUUAAAUUUGACUACGAGCAUUUUAGGAAAUCAUCUCAAGUAAGGAAAUGACAUCAGCAGCUUAGUUUUAUUUAACUGGUUACCUUUUUGGUCUGGUUAAAGUAAGCCCAAAACAUUGAUUGGUCAAUAUUUAUCCAAUAAGGGCUGUUCACCAAUCAAUUACUUUUAUUUACAAACUAGCCAAAAGAUAACCUGUGUGUAACUUACUCAGUUUUAUACAAUUGACGGAUGGUAAUUUGUUUGGUUAAGUACAAGUCAGCCAAGUUUAUGGAAUGACCAGUAUUUAUCCAAUAAUUGUUUUUUAAUUAAUCAAAUAAUUUAUUUGUGAAAUCUGGCCAAAAGCCUGUGGACAGCUUCUCAAAGUUUUACACAAUUGGCAGCUGAUGAUUUAUGAAUACCGGCCCUGAUGUUGGAAGAUUAAAUGAAUGUACCAUCUGAAUGUGUACAUGUAGCAGAAACAGCCAAGUACAAUAAAUGUCUCAAGCUAUGUAACCAGACACCACAGUGUUUGUUCGAUGGGAAGUUUUGCCUGAAAAAGUUGGGGUAUUUUGGGGCUAAUUGUUAAAAGCAAAAAAUAAGGGGCUAAAAAGGGUAAAGAUAUUUCUGCUUUAUCUGGAGUUUUGUUUUAAUCUAAGUCAGUAUAUUUAUACUGUACAUUAAUUAUCCACCUUUUAAUUUGUCACCUCACUUCUCCUAGACAAACUUCCUAUUGCCAUGCCAUUUGCUAGUCUUAGUUUAGAUGCAAAACAUGUAGUAUAGAGAUAUAUGCGUUGUAAAUCAUAUAAAUCACAAAAUAACGUGAAAGUUGUAAAUACUUCAACUAGGAAAUAAACUAUAACCUUCAGGCAUGUUCAUGUAUCAUGAUUUUGAUUUUUUUCAUAUAAAUUUCGUUCCAAGUCAUGAAGAGUAUAUUUACAUAAUAAACAUAAUUGGAAAUGUUUAUAAAAAUAAUAUUUAAGUAAAUAUUUUGCAAUAAAAGUAUUACAUUAUUUGCAUAGACGUAUUAAAGUUUUAAGCUUUUAAGUUUUAAUGAACAUGAUUUCUCUCUUGAAUCUAAGCAUUGGUAGAUUUAUUUUCUUAAUUACACGUUUAUUUCUGAAAUUUUGCAACAGUCUGGUCUAGCACAUGCAAUAAUAAUUAUCGAUUACACUUCAACAGCUGCCUUUCUAUUUAAUUCUUAAUUAUCUCCAAUUAUAAAGUAUCAUGUUUCUGUGCUGUAUCUAAACCUGUGGUGAUUAUGUGUAUACAAUAUUGUGAUAGUUUACUGUGCAUUUUCAUUUAAUCAAUCUGUUCACAAGAAAUUCCAUUAAAAGAUCUCCCAAAUGUC